CCGGCCCGGGGCGCGGGGCCGCUCCUCCGCCGGGGGCUGCACAGGCAGAUGUGCCAAGUCCUGCUGAAGCCACUGUGGGUGUGAGGAAGGCAGUGCAGCACCAUGACUGCAGCACGGGGAGUUCUCUGCCCCAUCACCAUGGGACUGUUCCUGCAGAGCCUCUUCCUCCUCCUCCUCCUCCUCCUGGGCUCCUGUCUCCACCCAGCUGCUGCUUUCCCCAAGGGCUGUUACCCCUCAGAAGAGAAGGGGCUGAAGACCUUUCGCUGCAGCAACGCUCAGCUGACCGAGGUCCCCAGAGACAUCCCCAAUGACACCAACAAACUCUACCUGGACUUCAACCAAAUCCCCUUCCUGCCUCGCGAUGCCUUCCGGGACCUGCCACUCCUGCUGGAGCUGGAUCUGUCCCACAAUGCCAUCUCUAGAAUCGAAAGUGGGGCUUUCCAGGGCCUGGCAGAGCACCUGCACUCUCUGGACUUGUCUUCCAACAGGCUGGUGUCAGUCAGCAAAGACACCUUUAGCAACCUGAAAGCCAAGGUGAACCUGUCCAACAACCCAUGGCUGUGUGACUGUCGGCUGCAGGAGCUGAUCCGCGCAGUGGAGCUGGCAGCCGACUCCUCAGGGGGCAUCAUGUGCGACUCCUCCACGCAGGAGGAGCACGUGGGCAAAGCUUUCCUGCAGGUCAUGGCUGACACAGACUUCUGCAAUGCAUACAAAAAGACCACAGACAUCGCCAUGCUGGUCACCAUGUUCGGCUGGUUCGCCAUGGUGAUUUCCUACCUGGUCUACUACGUGCGGCAGAACCAGGAGGAUGCCCGGCGGCACCUGGAAUAUCUCAAGUCACUGCCCAGCAAGCAGCGGCGAUCGGAGGAGUCAUCCACCAUCAGCACUGUGGUGUGAGCACAUCCUGCAGGACAUGGGGACAUGUGGAGAUGAGGAGCAGCCACUCCAGGGGCUCACCACGGCUGCAGGAGCUGUCACCAGGCACCGGCAUCGCACAGAGGUACUCAUGGAUUUGUUCUGUUCUCCACAGCUGAUGGGUCCCUGGCUCUGGUGGCUGAGGUCAGGGAUGGAUAUCAGCAAUGAGCAUGGAGGAUCUGCAGCAUCCUCCCAAGUUAUGAAGGACUGGAGCAAACCAGAGCAUCCCCCUGGUGUGCGGCCGUUGCUCCGGCUGACCUGGACAUUUGGACUUCAUCUAAAACUUUUUCUAUUUCCUUUGCAGAGAUCCCUUGGGGCAUUAAUGGAAUCGGUGUUUUCAUCUCUCUCUGGCUGCCCCUUGGCUGCCCAAGGGAUAUUCUGGCAGCCAGGGCCUGGUUCCCUGCCGGGAGGGCAGUGGGGAGGAGCAGUGCAGGUGCACGGUCAGUUCCCUGUGGGUCACUGGCCCGGGAGGGUGUUGGGCUGUG